UCAGGCUGGGUGAACACCAUCCCGCUCUAGCAUCUCCAUCGCCCGCCGGGGCUAGAAGUCCAGCCGUGCCAUCCAGCAUGGACUUCCUUCCCCUCCCGAGACCGCGACUAUGGAAAAGCAAAACCGACUUCUUCCGCCCGUUCAGAGCCGGCGCGGAAGCUGGAGAGAAUAUCAUGCCGCUCUACGAUCCCGCCGUGCACCUGACGACCGACAUCGAGGACCUCGACCUCAAGGAUUUGAAUACUGCUCUUGCUGUCCUGGUGGAGAUUUUCCCGCAGGUGCAGCCGGAGGUGUUUCGGGAGAUGCUGGUCAGCGUGAGCGAGGAGAGCCGGCUUCAGCUUGUUACCGAACAGCUUUUGGCGAAGAAAGUCAAGGGUGUGCGCACGAGGCCUUUGGCAUUCCCUGCUCGUAUCGGACAGAAUUCUCGGAAGGAGGGAGGCUCUUCCGCGCCUCAGAUGCUGAGCGGUGGUCGACUUAACGAGGAGCAAACUUUCCGGAGCAACGAUUACAAGAAAGCUGUGAAGCAGGUUUUGUACCAGGAGUUCAAAUCACUCAGCCAUUCUUCUAUUCGGGCGGUGCUGGCGGAGCAAAAUUUCUCUUACACCUUGACAAGACCCGUGCUGCAGCAGCUCUCGACCAAGUCCUGGCGCUUUUCGUUCGCUUCACUCUGGAAGCGGAAACCGCCUGUCACAGCUGCGGGUGAGCAUCCUUCUAUUGUCUGGCAACCGGAUGCUGCAGGAAGAGGCCAAGCGUCACCGGCUUUACGCAUGACUGGUAGCCUGCAAUUGGACCAGGAGUUAUAUGACCUCUUUGUUGUCCCUGCCGUCGAGAAUCAGCGGAAAGCAUUGCUUGCUAGUGACCUCGCUGUGGCCACGAAGCUCAAUGAGAAGGAAGCAGAGGAAGCGGAUGCCCUAUUCGACUGCGAAUGCUGCUUCAACUCCGUUGUCUUCGAGCAACUCACAACAUGCGAUGAAGACUGCCAUCAACUUUGCUUCGAUUGUGUACGGCGUACCGCCCGCGAGGCUCUGUAUGGCCAAGGCUGGGCUCGAACGGUUGACCUUCAGAGGACUACUGUCUGCUGCUUUGCACCCACAACACAGGCAUGUGAGGGAGUCAUUCCCGCAGCGGUACUCCGGCGCGUGCUAUCUUCAGGAACAGAGAAUGAAGACCUUUGGAGCGAAUUACAGGAGCGAGCAGCCAGCGAGGCCAUUCUGAAAACUCGCCUCCCCAUCCAGCGCUGUCCAUUUUGUGCGUACAUCGAGAUCGACGAAACACCUCCGCCUCAACGCCGCGAUGUUAUCACAAUCGCCCACCGCCUUGCAAUCCGCACACCCAUCACUUCUCAAAUCCUAUUCUUCGUCAUCAUCGGCACCAUGGCUCUCUUUACAAUCCCGAUUCUCGUGUUCGCCAGCUAUGCCUGGCUAGCCCUCAAAACGUCCAGCCCCGCAAUCGCAGCUUUCAACGCCUCGUGGAAACGCGUCUACAAGCAACGCAGCGGCCUCAAAUUCCAAUGCCGAAGCCCACGCUGCAGCAAACUCUCCUGCGUUCGCUGUCUCGCGCAGUGGACUGAUCCACACACCUGCUUCGAAAACGAGAAAACCUCCCUCCGCACCGCAGUCGAAGCCUCCGCCACUGCCGCGGUGAAGCGCACGUGUCCCAAGUGUCUGCUGAGCUUCGUCAAGUCGACCGGGUGCAACAAACUCGUGUGCAACUGCGGGUACACAAUGUGCUAUAUCUGUCGCCAGGAGAUUACGAGUAAGGAGGGGUACUCGCACUUCUGCCAACACUUCCGUCCGCACGGUGGUCGGUGCAGGGAGUGCGAGCGGUGCGAUUUGUAUGGGGACGAGGAUGAGGAGGCGGCGAUCAGAGUCGCUGCAGAGGCUGCUGAGAAAGCUUGGAAGGAGAAGGAGGGCGGCCGCGCAGAGGGCGAUGGGAGGGCUGCUCAGGCGAUGGUAGAGGCUGUGGUUGGAAGUGGGAAGACAUUGAAGACGUGGGAGAUGCUUUUGGAUGUGAUUGUCGAUGCCGUUAUUGCGUGAUCUGUCCGAUGAUGACUGCGACGUCUAGUCUUGGUUAUGCCUGCCUGCCGCGGCAUCACGCUGUCCGCUCUCAUAUCUAGGUCUAGCAGUACUAUCCGCUCAAUGCAACUCUCCAAAAACGAUUAAUGCCCUGCGUCAAUCUCCCCUCACAGAUCUAACCUCCACUCAUCAACAAACCCCACUCUCAUCCUCAAACCUCGCCGCCUGCCUCCUAGCCAACACCUCAAUCUCCCCUUCCCCCUCCGCACC